AUGGAACAUAUGGAAGUUAGUGGUAAUGCAGAUGACAGUGACAAUGAUGAUGAAAGUGAAGCUAGCAGUAGUGGAGAAGAAAGUGUUGAACUUAUGGUUACCACUCGUGAGAAACGUGCAAACGCUGGUAAUAAGAUGGCACAGUUGUUGGAAUCCGCCGAGCUAGAAGAUGAAUUUUACAGGAACACCUAUGGUGGUAGAUUUCUUGAGGAUGAUGUUGAUGAUGCAUUCGAAUCACCAGUGGAAUCGGAUCAUGAUGAAGUAGAUUCUGACUUCGAUCAUCCUGAAGAGGAAGACGAACCAAUUAGCGAUGCGGAAGAAGAAUCCAAACGACGGAAACGAAAAACUGGUUAUAAAGAACCGAAACUGGGUGGUAGUGCCUCGAAGAGAGCUUUGUUAGAGAAAAACAAAAAAUGGGUCAUGGCACGAAUGGGUUGCCUUACUGCAGUCGCCAAUACUGUCAGUCCUGAAACUCAGGCACAAUAUUUGGAAGAAGCCAAGGAAACAGAACGGAAAAAUGUUGCAUCGUUAAAGAAAUAUGAACAGUUCGAGCUGGAAAAGAAAAAGAAACGUGAAAAAACAAAUGUUAUUAGGAAAUUGAAACCACCUUACAUUAGUACUAUGGAUGGCCCAAAUGGCAAAUGGAUGAUUGUUCCAGAGAUCAAAAAAUUUACAAAACCAGAAAGAGUGGUAAAACUGCUUUGUUGUGUAACAUCACGUCCCGCAAAGUAUCGCGACCCAUUAACUGGUUUACCAUUUGCAACUCCUGAAGCAUUUAAGCUUAUUCGAGAAAAGUAUGCAGAAUAUUUGAGAAGUAUGCCUAAUCAUCCGGCAGUGAUGGCGUGGCUUUCCAAAAAAAGUUGA